AUGCUCGCGGAGCACUACACCGGCGGGGCACCGGCUUCCACGGAGGUUGGAAUAAGCCCUGUGCGGGAGCAGGAAGGAAACCCGCAGCAGCCCGCACCUGUUAAUGACUCACACCCCAGGCCUGCGUCCGUCCGCGGCGCGCCCCGAGCCCCCCUGGCCGCUCUGGAGCGGAGCCUCCCGGCGUGGCCGAGGGUGCGGUUCCAGGAAACCCAUAUCCCUGUGAGCUCAUACACGCUGGGCUCCCCACCCCAGGGACGGAAGGAGACAGAAGGAGUGGAGAACGGGCUGACCAGGCCCCUGCUGGGAAUGCUGGGCAGAGGCUUCCGUGGACAGGCUGGGGAUGGCACCGGGGUGUCCUCCACGCCUUCCCAUGAGGAGACCACCUGUCUGGCCUGCAGGGGACCCCAGAAGGAUGCAGUGACCAGCGCCUGUGGACACACCUUCUGUGGGGCUGCACGUCCUCCCGCUUCCCAGAUGGGGGCCCAGCCUUCCGGCCAGGGGCUGCUCUGUGCAAUCUGCCAGGAGAAGGAGCCCACGGAGACUCUCGUGGCCCCUGUGCUCCUGGACCCUCUGGAGGAGACACGCUGUGAGCAGCACGCUGAGAAGAUUUACUUCUUCUGCAAGGUCGAUGCUGAGUUCCUCUGUAUGGUCUGUCGGGAGGGUCCCUCCCACUGCACCCACCCCGUGGGUGUCCUCGAUGCAGCGGUUCAGCCCUACCGGGAUCAUCUCCGGAACCAGUCGGAAGCUCUGAGCUUGGAGAAGAAAGAGAUGGAGGACACACGGAGGCGGGAAGACAGGAAGCUCCAAGCGCUUCUGACCCACAUUGAAAGCAAGAAACAGCAGGUGGACACAGUGUUCGAGAGGUUGCAGCAGGAGCUGAUGGACCAGCAGCGUCUGCUGCAGGCCAGGCUGAGGGAGCUGGAGACGCAGAUCCACAUGGAGAGAGACGAAUACACCUUCAGGUCAUCUGAGGAGGUCGCCAGGCUUGGGGCCCAGGCCCAGGAGCUGAAGGAGCAGAGUCAGCAGCCAGCCAGGGCCCUGCUACAAGAUGUCAGAGGCAACCAGAGCAGGUAUGAAACAAAGACUUUUGUGAGUCCAGAGACCAUUUCUCCAGACCUUGUCGAGAAGAUCCGAGAUCUCCACAGGAAAAUACUCCCCCUCCCAGUGAUGCUGAGGACCUUCUCAGAAAACCUGGCACACCAUCUGGAAACAGACUCAGGGGCCGUCACGCUGGACGCUCAGACCGCCAGCCGGAGCCUGGCCCUCUCCGAGGACAGGAAGCUGGCGACGUUCCCCCGGGACAAGCAGAUCCCGCCGCACAGCCCCCUGCGUUCCGAGGGUGUCCCGGCGGCGCGGGGCUCCCCCGGCUGUCCCUCCGGGCGCCACCACCGGCAGGUGCAGCCGGGAGCCCGCGGGGAGGCGGGCAGCGAGGAGGCGGGCCCGGCGCUCGGACCUGCCGCUUUUGCACCUGCCGCUCCGGGUGCGCACCUGCCCGGCUCCGCCCUGCCGCGGAGCGGGACCCCGCCUUCGCCGCCUGCGUCCCCGCAGACUCCCCUGCUUCGCGGUCUGCGAAACGGGUUCCUGCCGGGCUGAGCGGCGGAGCGGGGCGUCCAAGGGGCGCUGCAGCGGAGAGCGGCCGAGCUGGCCACAGGAGACCCAGGGGCUACAACGGCACCCAGGCAAUGCUGGGGAGCCCGCGCGCUUUUGAGAAACGAACAAAACGCCACUCCAAUAAAGACUGCUAGAGCUUCAGAAAUAAUCAUCGUGGGGGAAAGCAGAACUUUGUCGGGCUUGCACUAACAGCUGACCGUUUCAGUUGUGACACGUGCUUGGGGACGCUUCAGGCGCAGGGCCUCUUCCUGAGACCCGGGUGGACCCAGGCCCCCUGCCUUUCUGACGUUUAGGCCAUGUUUCUUUCUUGUAGAGGAUGUCUAAUAAAGUGUAGGAACUAGCCAGA